AUGAGUGCUCGAAAAGUCCGUGUCGAUCUCUUCUACGACAUCAUCUCGCCGUACGCUUGGAUCAACUUCGAAGCAUGGCUACGGUAUUCAAAGAAAUGGCCAGUCGAUUUGCACCUUCGACCCUUUUAUUUGCCUGGGAUCUUUCAGAAAACAGGCAACAUCCCACCGAUCUCAAUUCCCGAGAAAAACGACUACUUGAACAAGGAUUUACAGCGUUUAAACGAAUACUGGGGCACUGAGCUGGUCUGGCACAAGGAUUUUCGUGCUCAAACGCUUGCUCGAUCGUCGAUCUACGCGCAACGCUUUCUGGCCGCCGUGCAACUCUAUGAGCCAGAUAAGCUAAUCCCGGCGUCUCGGGCUUUCUGGAAACGUGGAUGGGUGGAGAAGGAAAGUGUUUAUGAAGAAGGAGAUGUAAGGAAGAUUUCCCAUGAUCUAAAGCUGAAAUGCGAGAAGCGAAUUCUUGGAUCACUGAAAAGUGACGAGGUGAAAAAUCUCAUCAUUGACAACACAAAUGAAGCUUUGGCUACAAAGGCUUUCGGUACGCCGUGGCAAGUGUUGACGAUGGAGGAUGGUAAAAAAGAGGCUUUUUUCGGCUGUGAUCGAAUGCAUCUCGUUGCUCAGACACUAAAACAGCCUUAUUACGGACCAUUGAAGGAGCUGGCAAAGGAAAUC